UGUGUCGUCAUGGCUAGAACGCAGAGGUGAGCUAGUUUGGCUGCGCAGCGCAGCUGUAAUCACCCUGUACGCCAGUCUACGUAGAGCCUGGGAGUUGCCUGCUUGCUUUGGGUGUCGUGCUGUUUGGAUUUACUUUCCCUAAAUUUGUUUAGAUUGGUAAGUAAAAUUUAAGCUCUGAUGGCUCAGUGUGUGACCAAGGUGGAGCUGACGGUGUCCUGUGAGAACCUCCUGGACAAGGAUGUGGGCUCCAAGUCCGACCCAUUAUGUGUCCUCCUGAUGAGCAAUGCUUCAGACCAGUGGUACGAGGUGGGUCGCACUGAGAGGGUCCAGAAUUGUCUUGCGCCAAAGUUCGCCAAGAAAUUCCUCAUCGAUUACUACUUCGAGCUGAUGCAGAAGCUGAAGUUCGCGGUGUAUGACAUCGACAACAAGACGAUCGACCUCGGCGAUGACGACUUCCUGGGGGAGCUGGAGUGCACCCUGGGACAGGUUGUGUCCACUAGGAAGCUAACCCGACCCCUGGUUCUGAAGAACAAGAAACCUGCGGGGAAAGGCACCAUCACAAUCUGUGCUGAGGAAAUAAAGGACAACAGGGUGGCGAAUUUUGAGGUGGAGGCGAGGAAAUUGGACAAUAAGGACUUUUUUGGGAAGUCUGACCCAUAUCUGGAGUUCUACAAGCAGACAGAGACAGGAUGGCAGCUUGCCCACAGGACAGAGGUGGUGAAUAACAACCUGAACCCCACCUGGAAGCCUUUCAGGAUCCCGCUGCAGUCCCUCUGUGGGGGCGACAUGGACAAGCCCAUUAAGGUGGAGUGUUAUGACUACGACAACGACGGGUCACAUGACCUCAUCGGGAACUUCGAGACCAACAUGACGCGCCUACAGGAAGCCAAGCAUGGCUCGCCAGCUGAGUUUGAGUGUGUGAACAGCAAGAAGAAGCAGAAGAAGAAGAAUUACAAAAACUCGGGCGUGGUCAGCGUGAAGCUAUGCCAGGUGGUGAAGGAGUACACUUUCCUGGACUACAUAAUGGGCGGAUGCCAAAUCAACUUCACUGUGGGGGUGGACUUCACAGGCUCAAACGGGGACCCGCGGUCACCUGACUCUCUGCACUACAUCAGUCCCAAUGGGGUGAAUGAGUACCUCACUGCCAUCUGGUCAGUCGGACAGGUGAUACAGGACUAUGACAGUGACAAAAUGUUCCCUGCAUUUGGAUUUGGAGCACAGGUUCCCCCGACAUGGCAGGUCUCCCACGAGUUCCCUCUGAACUUCAAUCCCAGCAACCCCUUCUGCACAGGAAUUGAGGGUGUGGUGGAGGCCUACCGUGCGUGCUUGCCCCAGGUCAAGCUCUACGGACCCACAAACUUCUCCCCCAUCAUCAACCACCAGGCUCAAUUCGCUACUCAAGCGCUGCAGCAGACCACCGCCUCUCAAUACUUUGUCCUCCUCAUCAUCACGGACGGCGUGAUCACCGACCUGGAUCAGACGCGCAGCGCCAUCGUCAACGCCUCCCGCCUGCCCAUGUCCAUCAUCAUCGUCGGGGUGGGCGGGGCCGACUUCAGCGCCAUGGAGUUCCUGGACGGGGACAACGGGCACCUGCGCGCGCCCACGGGCGAAGUCGCCGUGCGCGACAUCGUGCAGUUCGUGCCCUUCAGAAACUUCCAGAACAGUCCGAAGGAAGCUCUGGCUCAGUCCGUAUUGGCUGAAAUCCCAGGUCAGGUGGUCAACUUUUUCAACAUGCUCAAACUGAGCCCGCCCAACAAUCCCGCCCAAAAGGCUCCUGGCCAAUCAGGUCAGAGCUGAGCUCUCAACUCGUACCUGAAAUGGCGGAAAAAAGGAUUUGCAAUUACUGGACACCCUCUCCAUUAAUGCGCCUCAUUGAUUGCCUCAAAUUUAGUCCCUCUCUAUUAACUCACCUCAUUGGGUGGCUCAAAUUUAGUUCCCUGUUAACCUGCCUCAUUGGUUGGUUGAAACCUUGUUUAAAGAAAAGUGCUCCAAGCUGAAUCUCCCGAUUGGCCAGCUCUGAUUUUCUGUCAUCGCUGUGGAUCAGUCACCGAACUGCUGCAGUUAGCCUUCUCUUCAUCUAAAAAUUUCUGAGGACACAGAAGACCCUUGCAAUGCUGGAGUGCGCCCCCUAUAUCAAAAACUCAGCAAGUGCAUCCCUUAGUUCUGCACUCCCCACCAGGAAUCAUUAUAAUCAAUCAUUAUCUUAUGACUAACAAGUGUCAAAUUUAUCAUGGUUAUGCAUCCUGGUUGCUUGUUUUGUUUGAAAUUUAUCUUUUUACACUUUAUACCACAGAUUUUUAAUUUUUACUUUUUUAAUUGUAAUUUUUUUACCUAACUGUUAACUGGAAAUAUUUUAGCAUGUUUUGUUUUAUGUUAAUAUAUGCUUAUAGUGGCAAACUGAGUAUUUGGAAUCAGAUCAAUAUUACUAGCUGUAUGAAUGUAUUAUGAACGUACAGUAAUUUGUACUGUAGGACUAAAAAAUUUUUAUUUGCUUUUACAUAACACUGCUUGUUUAAUGGUUAUGUUAGUUAGCAUCUUACUUUGUGCCAAGCAAAUUUAGCGUAUAUAUAUGUAUUUUUACGUAUGCAAUUUUUGUGAAAAUGAGGGUGGAUAUGCUUUUACUCAGAAAUGGAGCUGUUUGAGGAUACUCAUGCUGUUUACGGUCGACCCUCACCCUUUCUCCCCCCGUUAGUUUAUACUCCAACCUUCGACUGAAACAGUUUACACCACAGUCAUACUACAAACAAAGAUGCGUUUCAGUAACCAAAGAUACAGCCCUGUUUGCUGCUGUGUGAUUCAUUUAUUUGCACUUCUGCGUUUAGUUUCCCUUGAACUUCUUCACCUGCCCAAAACGUCUCUUCUGUAUUGGCUGGUAGACACUAGGCGUACCAACUCUCUUUUUUAAGGUUCCGUAAAAAAUUCCCAGGUGAAGUAGCGGUCGCCACUUGGAGUGAAGCCACACAUCCUCCGAUGAGUUUGCCUAGCAUUGCUCUCGCCUCCCGCAAUCGGCCGCUUGUGGCCGUGUUUUCUGUUUUUAAAAUGGUAUUCCAUAAAUGUAUAUCCAUUUUGGAAAUCCCCAUACAGCAACAAUUAAGUCCUCCUUAUCAAAGCUGUGUGGAAUGGGGAAAUAAAAAUUGAAAUCAGAGACAGUUUACACAUGGGAUCUUUAAUCUGAUUGGUUAUCGCACCCGUCUUUUCCGUCGCACCGCCCACUUAUCUUGUUUCACCAGCUAUCCCAGCAUGCCUUGCGCACACGAAAAAUGGCUCCCAUCGAAAUGAAUGGAGGUGAUUACGAAGUCACUUUGUCAGAGGAUGUGUGGCUUCGCCCACACCUGUUUUUCGGUCAAGGUGCAGUUUAGACAGUGUUGGGAGAGAGAGGCAUCACAAACUCCCUUAUUGCCAGAGGUCCACCAUUUGCUGUCUGUCACCAGUUUGAGGGAAAUCUAUUCAAUGUUUACUUCCCUGGGAUUAGGGGAGGGCAGACUUAUUCCGUUUAGCAUUUAACUAUUGGCUUGUUAUUCAGUUUCAUUUUCAAUUCUUUUGUAUUUCAAUUAACUUUUGACAAAUUAACAAGUACAUACACACACACACACACACACACCCACAUGUUUAGAUGCAUGUGUGUGCUCUAGCGCCCCCCCCAGAGUUAGUGGCUGGGUGUUAUACCUGCACUUGUUCACAGUGUUAAAUGUGUAAAACACACUCUACAGUGCCAACACUCCAUUAAGGUGUCUAAUUGCAGAAAGAUAUAAAUACAAAAAAAGGAGGCCAGUGUUUUUGGGGAUCUUUACAUAACGCUCAUCCCUUGUGACUCGUACAUAUCCUAUGCCUGGCACCCCCAAUAUAUGGAUUUGUAUUUAAUAUAUUUAUAUAUAGGUCACUCCACACCAUAGGAUAAUUCUCAUGUAGUGUAAUGUUGCUCAUAUUGCUUUUCUUUUGCCACUAACAUGGCCGCAUGACCGUAGUCAACAUUGUUUUUAAUUUUGUCCUUGUUUCCAUGGCAGCACUGUAUAAUAAUGGAGCGCGUGUCAGUCAACGUUAAGGCACACGUGCAUGUUGGUUUGAAUGUGCUGCUUUGGGCUGUCAUUGUCAGCCAUUGUUCAUGCGUGACAGAACGAAGUUUGCUUUUUUGUAAGCUUGAUGCUUGAUCAUUGUCAUUGUGCCAGGCUAUAUUUGUGUCAAUGGCAGUCCUGAAAGUACACAUUUAAUGUAUCUGGGCAUGAUUGGCUUGAAUAUAAAAAUUAAAUGCCAUUUCAUAACCGUAA